AUGGCAAAUUACCAAGUAGAUUGGGAAAUUGUGGGGAUAUUUGAAGAUAAUAGUGUUGAAAAUAAUUUUAAUCUAUUUGAGCUUUUUAACAAUAAUAAUUACAAAAACAAUACAAGCUUAAAGAAUAUAGAGGAUUACUUCCUGGAUCCUAAUAGAUAUUGUAAUAACACGGACAAUAGUAGUAAUGAUAAAAAAACCACUAUCAUAUUAUCUAGAAGUUGGAUUUGCAAAUUAUACAUAUUAUCUGGAAUAACAGGCAAUGAUUUAUCAGUUUGUAUGGAUUUUUUAGAAAAUCUCAUAUUCAAUAAUACUGGCCUAUCCCACCUAAAUCGAGUAUUCUGCUACUUGAAAUAUUUGCCAGAUUUGCUUUCUUUCCCAUUAUUUCAUUGCAAAUUUCAAAGUCACCUUACAUAUAAAAAAAAUGGCAUUACUCAAAAAGAUGAAAUCAUUGAGAAAGUAAUCAAUUUAAUUAAGAAAUGUCUAAUUCAUUUAUUCUCAGACCAUGGUGGAAAGCCUAAUAUUAUAUUAAUAGCAGGUACUUCAGGCAGUGGAAAAAGCACCAUAAGUUCUUACUUGGCAUCAUUUUUAAGGGUAAAAUGUGUCAUAUCUACCGAUACAAUCAGACAUGUACUAAGGUCUACAGAAAAAUACAAAUACAACAAGGCUCUUAAUUGCUCAACUUAUGAAGUACACAAAUACACCAAUAUUCAGCCUAAACAAAAUGGAAACAAUCAAUCUUCUGAAUCAUCUAUUGUAUUGGGAUACUUAUUACAAUCGUCUAUUAUUGAAGAUUACAUUUAUGAGAUCAUCGCAAAUUCUGUUAAUAAGGAAAAAAGUAUCAUUUUAGAAGGAGUUCAUAUUACUUUUUCAUUAUUCAAAAGAAUCCAAUCUUUUGCAAAACUUAAACAUGCAAACUUAAGUACUUUUCUAAUAUAUAUACAAGACUCCAACGAACACAUACAAAGGUUCCAACAAAGAAGCAAGGGUAUCCUCAAUUUCAAAUACCACAAUAACAUCUCCAACAUUAGAGAAAUUCAAAGUUACCUAAUCAACUCCAUUGGAAAACUACCCUCGGUUAUUUCUAUUGACAAUACUUCAAACGACAUUGAUUAUAUUGUCCAAGAGAAGAUACUCAAACAAGUCACAAUGAAGUUCUUAUAA